AUCUUGGAUGAGCCACGUGAGCCACAGUGUCGCGGCUGAGCGCCUCAUUUAAUUUCAGCCCGGGACGUUCCGUCUUUUUCACCCCACCACCAAACCCAAAUAUUGACUUAUCGAUAUAUCAAAUCGCGUCGCGUCAAACGCUGCCGCCCAUAAACCAAUUAGUGUAAUUACCACCAAUUACCGAAUUAAGUCCCCAGCAUUCUGCGAACGACGGCGGUGGACGGGACAACGAGAUUAACGAUGCGCCCAUCAUGACGUCCUCCAAUUCAGAUACCGAGCUUUUGACGGAGCAUUUCGGAUAUCCGCCUGUCAGUUUGAUCGACGACAUAAUUAACAGCAUAAAUAUCCUCGCCGAGCGCGCCCUCAACAGCGUCGAGCAAGGACUUCUCAACGCCCCCCCGGCCACCCUCGGUUUCAAGCCGCCCAAAGCCUCCCGGGGCAACGGAGGCGAUGCGCAGAAGCAGGCGGUAGACCCGGCCGAGGCGGCCAAGAACGAGAUCGAGUCCGGCACGCACCAGCUCGAGACGCUCCUCUGCGCCAGCAUCGACCGCAACUUCGACAAGUUCGAGAUCUACGUGCUGCGCAACAUCCUGUGCGUGCGCGAGCGCGACGUUAUGCACUGGAUGCGACUCUCCCACUACGACGGCUUAGAUUUCUCAGCCGUUACAUCGGGAGGCUCCCAAUCAAAUACCCCCUCCCUCGACACGAUCAACCACCUCCGGCGCAAGCUGCGUGAGAGCAUGCGCCUGAACGCCCUCCUCACCGCCGAGCGCGCGCGCAACGAAGCCAUGCUCGCAGACCUGCAAUCCCUCGUCGGGCUAUCCCCUCCGCGCGUCAAAACCGAGAAGACGUCCCCCUCGCAACCGCAACCGCUUCCCCCGACCAAGAGCCCCUUCGCCUUCCUACACGACAAAGGAUCCCUCACAGACGGCGGCUCCGAAGCGCCGCUGAGCACAACAACAGCCUUCACCCUAUCGCAGAUGCAAGCCCUGCGCGCGCUCUCCACAUCCCUGCGGAACCUAGCGCCGGAUCUGCAACCCUCGUCUACCUCCGCCGACGCUAUGGACGUCGAUAACGACGAGAGCGGUGGUAAUAGUAGGAGUAGUGAAAGAAAGACCUGGCGCCGCGAACGCCUCGAGUACGUCGAGGGCGCGACGAGGCGCUACCUGGAGAACGUGGAGGGCCUGGAGCUGGGCAAGCACGGCGAGGUGCGCGACGGCGAGUGGCAGGGCGAGGGCCGCGGGCUGGCGAGGGACGAGGUCGGCGGCUUGGAGUCCGUCGUCACGUUGCUAGGCGGUGGGCCUGCGGAAAGCGGUACGACUCCUGCUGGACCGUCGACGGCGGCGGCGAGGGGUGAUCGGAUGGACGAAUCAUGAUGAAAAAAGAAGGGAAAAACACCUCUAUUCGAGUAAAGUAAGGACUGUCUUGUGUGCGUAUCCUUGGUUUGCUUCUGUUCUUUGUUCCAAUACCUAGGAGAGGGGAGGGGAGGGAAGGAAAGGAGUUCCGGAGUUCGCCUUGGGAGUUUUGAGGUUUUCUAUUUUACACACAUCUACCGUACGUUCGUAGAAAUCGUGCC